AUGGCACAGGGAUUACCAGUGUUCUCUAAUUUUGUUGUUAACGAGCUUGCUGUGGACUCUAGAUGGAAAAAAUGGUGUCAACGUCUAGAGAAUCUACUAAUUGGUUUGGACAUAACUAAUGAAAAGAGAAAGAGAGCCUUACUUCUACAUUAUGCCGGGGAAGAAGUAAAUGAUAUUUUCGAUACACUAUCCGAGACAGGUGAUGAUUAUAAGACUGCUCUUUUGAAACUGACGGAAUACUUUGCACCGAAAAAAUGCACAGAGUACGAGGUGUACAAAUUUCGCCAAACAAAACAAGAGUCAAGUGAGACAAUUGACACGUAUCAUACAAGGCUACGACAGCUCUGUGAAAACUGUGAAUUUGCCGAAAAAGACAAGGAAAUAAAAUCACAGAUUAUCCAAGGAUGUCAGUCAACAAGGUUACGUCGCAAAGCGCUGAAACAAGAUAUAACUUUGGAUGAAUUGAUUCAAGAAGCUCGUGCACUGGAAUUAUCUGACAAACAUGCUUCCGAAAUCGAACAUGGUACGAGUGAAAGUGCAAACAAUGUUACAAAAAGGAAAUUCACACCGAAGAAAAUUACUGCAAACAAACAAAAUGUUAAGCAAAAACAAAGAAAAUGUCGAAACUGUGGAUUUGAAUACCCUCACAAGACAAAAUGUCCAGCGCAAGCUAAAGAAUGUUUAUAUUGUCACAAGAAAAAACAUUUUGAAAGUGUGUGCCGCUCAAAAACAAUGAAAUCUAGGAAAACUCACAAUCUAAAUGACUAUUCAUCGAGUGAUGAUAGCGACCAAAGUGACAAUUACGCAUUUGGACUAACUGUAAAUGCCAUGUCCAGGAGACCAUACGUAAGUGCUUUAGUUAAUGGACACAAUGUCAAGUUCCUAAUUGACACUGGUUCUUCAGUUAAUGUACUAGAUCAAGAGACGUACAACAAAUGA